AAAUACAGAGGAAACUUCAGACUGUUAGACAUGGACUGUCAAGAGAAGCAGGAGGUGCCCGUCUACACCGAUGUGGACACAGAAACUUUUGCGAGGGACAUAUAUCCACUGCGCAGACCCGCGGUUCUGAAGCGCGUGCCCCUGGGACCCUGCCUGAACGCGUGGACAGUGAGUUACCUCGCUGAGAAAGGGGGAGACCGCGAGGUCAAAGUGCACGUUUGCCCUGAACCAAGAAUGGACUUUCUGCAUAAAAACUUUGUUUACAGGACUCUUCCAUUUGAUAGGUUUGUUCAAAGGGCUGCAGAAGCAAAACACUCAGAGUUCUUCAUUAGUGAGGAUGAAUGCUAUUACUUGCGUUCACUUGGAGAAGAUGCACGUAAGGAACCUGCUGAUUUAAGGAAGCAGUUCCCUGAGCUGGCAGAAGACUUUCAAAUCCCUCAGCUCUUUAAACCUGAGCAGUUUUUCUCUAGUGUCUUUCGUAUCAGUUCACCUGGUCUGCAGCUGUGGACACAUUAUGAUGUAAUGGAUAACCUGCUUGCUCAGGUUACAGGACGAAAGCGUGUUGUCCUCUUUAGCCCAAAAGAUGCCAUUCAUCUCUACCUCACAGGGGAUAAGUCUGAAAUUUUGGAUAUUGACACUCCCGAUCUGCAAUGUUAUCCUGAGUUUGUAAAAGCAUGUCGCUUUGAAUGCGUUCUAGAACCUGGAGACCUGCUCUUCAUUCCAGCUCUUUGGUUUCAUAAUACCCUGGCUCUGGAGUUUGGUGUUGGUAUCAAUGUGUUCUGGAGGCAUCUGCCAACUGACCAUUAUGACAAGAAAGAUCCAUAUGGAAACAAAGACCCAGUAGCGGCUACACGAGCACUGCAGGCAUUGGAGCGGACUCUAGGCAUCUUGGAAGAACUUCCGAGUGAUUAUCGUGAUUUCUAUGCCCGUCGUAUGGUGCUGCGGAUUCAAAGCCGGGCUUACUGUAUGCAGGAAGCACAAGGACAUUUAGACACAACAUAGUUCUCUUACUUAUUCUGAUAUGAGAGAAAGACAUUGAAUACUUUUCUUAUCAUCCUUAAAGGGUAACUCCGACGAAAAAUGAAAAUUCUGCCAUUAAUUACUCACCCUCAAGUACUUUAACAUCUGUGUGACGCUUUUCCCCAGAACGCAAAUGAAGGUAGUUUUGGAAGCUUUCUCACUCCUCCUUAGAUUGCAACGCAACCAAUCUUCAAAGCGCUGAAAGUACGUAAAAUUAAAGACGUAACUAAACGUAACUAAAGACAUCGUAAAAUUGUCCACGCGACUCCGGUGGUUCAGUAUAAAUUAACAUAAUGCGACAAGGAUACUUUUUGUGCGCAAACGAACAAAACUAAAGACUAUUCAAAAACUUCCUGAUUUGAGUGUUAGUUUCCAGUGCGCGUUCCCGAGAGCCACAUGACAGUGCAUCUGGUGUCAGCAUCACUCGACGCAUGCACGUUCUGAUCUAGAGCCUGUGUUUUCAGAAUGCGCAUGCGUCGAGCGAUGCUGACACCAGAUGCACUGUCAUGUGGCUCAUGUGUUGGUUGCGUUGCAAUCUAAGGAGGAGUCAGAAAGCUUCCAAAACUACCUUAAUUCGCGUUUUUAGGAAAAAUGGAGGUCAUACAGAUGUUAAAGUACUUGAGGGUGAGUAAUUAAUGGCAGAAUUUUCAUUUUUCGUCAGAGUUACCCUUUAAAUUAGGUGAAAAUGUCUUGAAUGACGUCAUUUCAUUAAUUGAAUUAUGCAUCUGCUGAUGUUAAGCCAGACACUAACUAUUUAUUUGUACACUGGUAUGAAUGUCAACUAAUCAAAUGUACAGAAGUGCAGCAGCACUGGGGUAUAUACAUACAACCUAAUUAAAAUAAAACCAAUGUGAUUUCUCAGGGCAGGGACUUGCACAUUUCACUGUCAAGAGAAAGAAAAAAAAAUUGGCUGCAGUUCUGUAUAACUUUCAUUUUGUCUGCAGUGGUAAAACAUUACGUCCUCUUUUGGUCGCAAAAUUACAAAAAGAGCAAUUUGAAAGCAUGGCACAUUCUGCUUGUGUGGUUGGAUGAUGUCUCUCUGUGCUGAGCUGCAUGAAGUAAAGCACACAUAUUGGUACCUUUAGUUAAAAUGUUAACAAAAAACUUUGCUCUCAUAGAUAUCAAACAAUUUCAAACAUGCAGUUUAAUCAAAAACAAAUGUUUAUUAAAAAUGUACCUUCAUAUACAGUUAUAGGCAGGACCUUGAUUUUGUGUUUUUGUGUUCGUAAACCAUUUACAUUUAUACAUUACAUUUAUUCAUUUGGCAGACGCUUUUAUCCAAAGCCACUUACAAAUAGAGCACAAAAACAUUUUGUCAACACGCUAAACAGUUUAUUUAACCACCGUGUUAAUUUUGUACUUCUGUUUUUUUGCCGUAAGUUCCAUCCACAAUCCAUUUUAAGCUUUCUGGCAGAGACAGUCAGGUGUUCAUUUGAUAUUUGUUGAUAUUUUAUUAGAGAGUCUACAAUUCUCCGCACUCUUAACAAGACCAUCUGACAGAAAAAUAGCCCUGAAACAAUAAAGACCAACAUGUUAACCAUAUGAAGCAUGAGAUACUUUUCGAUAUGGCUGCUCUAGAACCCAUUUCAUGCUAAUUCAUAACAUCGUAACAUUGCCCUAAAGGUGGAAAUUGGGAUUUUUGCUGCUGAUCACAGUUUUUUUAUAUAUAAAUUUAAGACAUUCAAAUUGUUUUAUAUCCAUGUUUUUUGUUACGUUUGGGUAGGAUGAAAAGAUUAAGCAAAGACCUUAUUAUGAUAGCCGCCUUUGUUGAUAUUUAACAAACAUGCCAGUAGCCUAUUAUUCAACAAACAUGCCAAUAUUAUAUAAAUAUUAGUAUAUUGGGUUUCAUACUACAUAAUGUAUUUAAAAGGAAAAAUGCAAAAAAGUAUACCAAUAAGAAAAAACAUAUUAUUCCAAGGAUUAAACAGCCUGUUUUAGUUCUUUUUAUUACAUAAUUAUAGGCAUGUGUGUACUGUAUAUGUAAAAUUAAAGAAUAAAACAAAACAGGAAGUAAUACUUGUUUUGUUGUAUGAUAUACCUUGGGCCCAUUUCAGAAAGGAGGUUUAGUGAAAACUCUUGAGUACGGUUUUCCGUUUCAGAGUAUGAGGUAUGUCAAAUCAGAGAAUGCGGGGUAACUCAAGCCCCUUUCUAAAAGAGAGGUAACUUAUGCUCAGAGUCAGUAACUAUAGUAACUUACUCUGUGAACCUAACCUGGUCUGGGUUUUCUUUGGUAAACCCAGAGUUUCUUUCGAUCUCCUCCCCCUUUUUAAAGCGCAAGUGGUCAUUCAUUCAUUAAUGCAGUCAUUCAUGGCACACAUUUUGAUCACACAGACACCAUCUCAGUGACUAAAAUGUCAUUUGUGUUUUUAUAGUGGAUCCUGUGUGAAGAGGGCAUUGAUUCAAAGGGAUGUACUUUGAUUUCAGGAGAGCAAUUUAGGACCCGAGUGGAAU